UAAUGGGGCUCGAUCUAGCGAAGAAGACCGCAUCCCUGACGUGCAGCUCCCUUCACGUGGAAGUCAGUUCUGUGGAAAAGCGAGGUUUUACUUUAGUGCUGAAUGUAGCUCUCCAGCUUUAAGCACCAUGGCGGAGGUUUUUAGCAGUAACAGCGAGACGGUGUUACAGCGCAGUGUGGAUGUGAAUCUCAGUGAAUCAGGAAUCCGGCCCGAAGAUCUACAGGAACUUUAUCAGAUCAACGAGACCUGUUCCUUUAUUACCAGUAACAAUUUCCAAAAGGUAGCUUUGCAGUUUCCUGAUGAACUCCUGGUAGAUUCUGUAGGAGUCUCUGCAGCAUUGGAGAGGGAGACCAAUGCAAAGACGUAUAUUUUAGGAGACACCACCUAUGGCAGCUGCUGCGUGGAUGAAGUAGCUGCUGAGCACGUCGGCGCUGACUGCAUCGUGCACUACGGCCGCUCGUGUCUCAGUCCGUCUGGACGUCUGCCUCUUAUGUACGUGUUCGGAAAGAGACCCAUCAAUGUGCAGGAGUGUGCUGCAGCAUUCAGGGAACUCUACCCUGACCGGGAGAGUCACGUGAUCAUAUUGUAUGAUGUCACCUACUUACACGCUAUGGAUGACUUCCAAAGGCUGUUGGGUGACUCCUACCCCAACGCUGUGUUCUCUGUACUAAGAGCGGAUCAUUCACAAGAUCGGGUCUACUACGGAUCCCUUAAAGCCAGCAUUAACUCAGACGACGGGCGUGUUCAUAAAUUCGGCCGGCAAUUUGGUUUAAAACCAGGAAAGAGCAUUGAGGACUACAGGAUGUUCUACGUCGGCCACGAGGGUCUUACUCUCACUAACUUCAUGAUGACAUGGAACCGCUGCGCUUUCGGUUCAUUCGACCCUGACACGUCGACAGGCCGAGCCGAAUCGAUCAACAUCAAUAAAGCGCUGAUGAAGCGCUAUUACGCCAUCGAGCGGGCAAAGGACGCCAACGUGGUGGGAAUCCUGGUGGGCACGUUGGGCGUCGCGAACUACUUGAGCAUCAUCGAGCAGCUUAAAGAAAGUAUUCGCAAGGCCGGAAAGAAGAGCUAUAUGUUUGCGAUGGGCAAGAUCAACGUCUCAAAGCUGGCCAACUUCCUCGAGAUCGAUGUGUACGUGUUAGUGGCUUGUCCAGAGAACUCACUGCUGGAUUCUAGCGAGUUCUACAGGCCGGUGGUCACGCCGUUUGAGAUGGAGGUGGCCUGUAACAAGAAUCGCGAGUGGAACGGAGAAUACAUCACUGAUUUUCAAGACUUGCUGCCCGGAGGCUGCAGUCACGUGGACUUUCCUGAGUCAGAUCAAUCCGCUAAUGAUGACACAACAGAUGUGUCACUAAUCACUGGAGCACUGCGGACUUCCUGUUUACGAUCUUCUUCUGAGUCAACAGAUGGUUCGUCAUUGCCUUCUUCAGUUGUGGUCAGGAAUCAGACUCUAACUCUGGCCAACACAAAUAUUGCAGCGUCUUUUCUCGCUGGCCGGAGCUGGCAGGGUUUGGAGCCCAAGCUGGGGGAAACACCGGUGGUUAAAGCUGUGGAGGGAAGACGCGGUAUUGCGAUUGCUUAUGAGGAGGGUAAAGACUGCUUGACCUCAUCAUAAAGCACUAAACUGCAAGAAACACUCUGGAGGCCAAAAGGAAAUUAGAAAGACAGACACCACUGCUCAAACAUGUUACAUCAUGUUUAAUAUAAAACUCAGAGGAAGUGUCAAUCCACUGACACCGGACAAAAGUACGUAAUUAUGGACGUAAUAUGCCCUGUUUAAGCUAAGGCGACUAUCAGAAUUAUUUUCUGUAAUCAAAAAGAGAAGGCUUUUUUAAACAUCUGGAUAAAGAUUCCACAAAGGACAUGGAUAUAAACCAAAUGUGAGGUUUUAUUUUAGCAGGUGGUAGUAGAAAUUUCUGUAUUGCGUAUUAUGCCCAGAGAUGUAGACUGUCAUCUCUGAGCUUCUUCACAUUAUAAGCCAAAAAAACAACAAAAACUGAAAUAGGUCUUCUGCUUGGACAAAACCCAGUGAACAACCAACAAUAAAAAAUAUAUAUACAGUUCAAUAUACUUUUUCUGUCUUUUUUUUUUCUCUUGAUUCUUGGUUUUCUGAUGAAGAACUGCAUGUUGUUUUCAACCCUGACCAUAUGUAGACAUUUUCAGCCUGAAACCAUCUGGGCUUACAGUUUUGCGUUCAAGCAAAAGCUGAAAGGUUUAAGGUUAAGUGAUUUGCCACCACCUUUCUUCAACCUGCACGCUUUGGUAGAGAAAUGAUAAUAGCUCUAUUAUGCUUCCAUAAUGACUCCUGUGAUUGGUUAAUGUUGAUCUAAUCAGAGUUAAAUUAGGCUUUAUGUCCCGCAGAAAAAGCAGGGACAGCAGUUCCUUCCUUGAGUUCUUUGGCAUGUACAGUUGGGGCCAAUGAUGGGGUGUGAACCAUGUUCAUCGGCUUGGUUUUUAUUUAAGUACACAAUGUUACAAGAAAUUGUAAUGUUGUACAGUUGUGUGAGAUGUACAGUACCAGUCAAAAGUUUGGACACAGGUUUGGAUUUAUUUUCUACAUCCUAGAUACUACAACACAGAAUUAUUAUUAUUAUUAUUAUUAUUAUUAUUUUUACAAAUUAUGAAAUAACACGUAUAGUAUUAGGUAAUUAAGGAACAACAACAGCAGGUGUUAUUUUAAGACAAGUAGGUCAGAUGUUCUGGAACAGGGCUUGCAAUAACAGUACUGUGAAGUGCAUUUGCUAAACCCAUCUGCUCCAGACGAGAAGUUCAUUUAGAGAUACCAGACCUAGAAAUCACCUACUGUAUUAACAAACGACUCAAAUUAGAGUCAUUGUGAAGGCCUUACAGAGCAUAAGACGUCUCAAAAUCAACUGUGCAAAGGAGAUUAUUGCAUAUUUUGGAUGCCUUCAGCAUUGUUUUAAAAAUCAGGAAUCAUGUUCAUCAUAAGUAUGCCGGUGUAAAGUAUAUCGAACCCAUCGAAAUUCACGGCGAUGGUUACAGAGCGUAAGUAGCAGACACAUCUUAAUAUUAACUUUGAAUACCUUCAGCAUUGUUUUAUAAUGUAGAAAGAAAUACAAAAUCAGAAAAGAUC